AUGGCGACUCCAAACUUCUUUCCUGCCAGUUCGCGUGGUGCUAUUCCACAUAUCUCACAGGAUAUGAUGCGUGACCACAUGUCUGUGCAUAGCAUGUACACGGCAGCUGAAGAUUCUGACUCGAGUGCUCUUUGGAGCCUGCAAGAUAUAGAGAAAGCCCCCGUAGAGAUGCCGCCAGUGUACGACUUCCCUGCCACUCGAGAUGAGUCGCCUCUUCGGAAGUUCAUCGCCCUGCAAAAGGAAACACUGCUCGUGCUUGGCCCCCGUCGUAUAUCCCCAUUGCCAUGCCCAGCCUCGAGUACAUCUACAUCAAUUGGUAUAGUGACUUCUUUGGGAUUCAGCAUGCUUGAGUGUGGAGUGUACGUGCAAGCCAUCCAAAAGCUUCGGCCAGAUAUUGUCUUGGGCAUGGGUGACGUGCUGUACGGCCAUCAACCUGGAGUGAGGCGGGCGGAGCGCAUGGGCGACAGAACGCAAUCUUGGCUUAAUGCUCUGGUCGCGGGUAUGAAUGAUGUAGAAGAGGGAACACCAAAUACCGCUCUAUUUGCCCCUAUAUUGCCGCUCGAGGCUGAGAAGCAACGGUGGUACCUGGGCGCACUAGAAGAUGAUCUUCAUGACCACAUUUCAGGACUCGUCCUGCACGAGAUCGAGUCCGCUGAUGAUGUCCCUGAUUCACUGUCGCUGCUGCCACGGCUUUAUCUUGGAGAGGCGAAAGACCCACAUGAGCUCCUCCAUGCCAUUGAGGCUGGGUUGGACAUAUUCACAAUACCAUUCAUAAAUGAAGCAAGUGAUGCUGGGUUGGCCCUUGACUUUUCAUUUGUCAGGCUUUCAGAUGCUUCGCAAGACGAUCCCCGACCACUUGCGCUCGAUCUAUGGUCAAUCUCAUAUGCCACUGAUAUUUCGCCACUGAGCAAGGAUUGCAAUUGCUACACUUGCACCUAUCACCAUAGAGCUUUCAUAUAUCACUUGUUGAGUACCCGUGAGAUGCUAAGCUGGGUUCUACUACAGUUGCACAAUUAUCACAUUAUGGGUGAGUUCUUUGCUCAAGUACGUCAAAGCAUAAUGCGUCACACUUUCGGAGAAGACAAGCUUGCUUUCGGCAAUGCAUUUGAGCAAAAGCUGCCAACUAAAACAGGGCAAGGACCUCGAAUAAGAGGCUACCAGACAAAAUCCGAGGGGAAAGGAGAGCCCAGGCAGAACCCUAAAGCCUACCGUUCGCUCAACGAACAGAGUAGGAAGCUUUCGGAAGCUGCGCCUCUAAGCCAAACGGCAGGUGCAGUAGAUCUUGAGCAAUUGGGUUUUGCACAGAUGUUCGAGGAUCCUGAAACUAGUGCAGAUGUGGGAAAGGGAUGA